AUUUUUGGUCUCCUGCAGGUUCCAGCCUUGGAAAUGAAGAGCAAACCACUCCUAAGGCAUCUGCACCUUCUAAAGACAUACCCAAGGGUAGCAGCAAGAGCGCAACACAGGUAUCGAGCAGCACAGCGACUCCACGCAGGAGCUUACUUCCAGCACCGAAAACUGCCUCUGCACCUGCUGGCAUGAAGAAAGAAAUACAAAAGGAUCAGGAUGCUAAUAGACCAGCUAUUUCCUCCCCCAAGAGAUCAGCAGUGACAGCCACCAAGCUCCACUCACCAGGACAUCCCAAGCAAAGGUCAACCACCCCAAGAAAUGUAUGUUCCCCCAAACCAGGAGAGAGUCGAGACGCUGAAAAGCAGUUCAUCCAGAAGCUGAAGGAAAAGUGCGAUGAGCAGUCCCGGCAAUUAAGCAAUAUCCGAGAUGAGCUUAAAAGGACCAGCUGUGGCUUUGAUGUCUUUGCCAUAACAACACAGCACUUCUGCAGGCAGGCAAAGGCACUCCAGCCCCUCAUGGUGAUGAGCUGCACAGUCAACGUGAGACCAAUAGCUGUUAUCCUUCAGGAACUCACGUAUGGUGCCCGCAUCAGGACAGUGUUUGCCUUUUUAGUGAAUUAGAGGCGUGUGGGCACUUCCCAAAGGCUAUCUGCAGAACCAAUAUUAAAUCUGAAUUUAAUAUUGAUAGACUUGUCUGUGUUCAUUGAGAACUGUAGGAAUGCCAAAAGCCUACUGCUCUUGUAUUUCAUGCUUGGGAACCUACAUGUAUUGAGACGAUCUGGGAUUGCUCACACAGUUGCAUAAUUGUGCAAUUUAUUGCCUUGCAACACAGACUCAGACUUCCAAGUUUUCAAGUGGCAUUUGAAAAUAUGAUCUGUAGACAUUUCUGAGACAGCGUUAUUUUCUGAAAGCUUGAGCAAAAUCUUUAGGGUAGCAUGGAAAAAGAAACUUUUUUCAUACUUUUCUCAUUGUAAAAAUAAUAAAAAUUGUAUGUGUUUGUUUCUGAGAAGCCUGCAUGCAGAAUGUUUGGGGUCUGAGCAGGACAGCAGUUUGCUGAGGGAAUUAUACACACUUAGGAAUGGGAGGGGUCUUAUUCCAGGGAAGUUGCCAAGAAGACCAACAGCAUCCUGGUACUCUGUCUUCUACAGGAGAGGCAGGCUGGGCUGGGCAGCCACUCUGCCUUUCAGAGGAGGAUAUAUCUCCUGACAUAAAAAGCAGUCGGUGACUGCAGCCUGGGCAACUGGCAGACCAUUCCCAACCUGUAAAGAGCUGCUGAAGUGGGAGGAAUCCCCUCUGCAGAAUUAAAGGAAGAAGAAAAGUAGCACAAAAUUUGUGGGGUUCAUAACCCAAGGGAACCUUGAAGCAUCAUGUUGUCAACACAGACGGUUUGCUCGUCUGACAGAGCACAGCAAAAGAGGAGGGACACAGAGACCAGAACAGAUAGAAUGGGCUACAUGUGUAGCUGUUUGUGCCCUAAUGGAUCACUUCAUAGAUGGCCAGAGAACCAAAAUAGUGUGUAAGACCACAUUCUGAUUUCUUUAUUGCUAUACAUGCCACACGCACACAGUCACGCUUGCAUUGUUCUAUCUGUGCAAAGCCCAGGGUAUUUUACCAUUCUGAUAUGUACCUUACUGACACCAGCUGAACAUGAGUCAGCAGUGUGCCCAGUGCCCAACAAGGCCAACAGCAUGUCCUACUUGUAGUAGGUAUGUGCCUCCCUCCAUUCACUACAUCUGACCUUACUGGUCCCACCACACCUUGCCCUCCCCAGGUGUCUUACAGACCUGUUUAACUGUGGGAGAAAGAGAGUGAUGAUAUGUAGUGAAGAAUGUACAGCAUGCAGCAGUACUUCAUACAGAUUUAUUAAACAUCAGCUAAACCAGUUUGCUAUCCUGGGGAAAAGCCUGGUCAAUUAAAGCCAAUGAUGAUUCACAAUGGACCAAAACAAAAUCAGAGCAGUUCUGACAUCAUAGUCAUUUGGUGAGCUAUGGAAAGUAAUGAUUGUAGUGCCUGUGGACAACUGUUUUUAACUGUUAGUUAAUUCAUUUGGGCCCUCAGAAAUGCACACGACUCCUGUUGACAUUGGAGAUUGCCUCAAACUUAUUCUGGAGUACAUUUAGUUUGUGCUGUGACAGAUACUGAUGGAUAUGGAGGUGAUACCAUGCAGACUUCUCAGAGCACAUAUCACCAACAGUCCCUCUGGCUUGGAUCUCUCCUGACCCUCUCCGGCUUGUUAAGCACGGUAAUAAUGAUGGUCCUGGCCCGUCUUCAGCGCUGUUCAGCAGCAUGUCCAGCCGCGGUUCCUCUUGGAAAUGAUAACAGUGCCAUCUAUAGGACAUUAGCCCAAAGUGACAAAAUUGCACUGUCACAGCAGUGGUUGUGAAAAAACUACUGAGAACAGAGAUGAGCCAGGAGCUUCCCUGGCUGUUCUCCCUUCUGUGUUGCAGAGGACAGGCCGGGCAGGCUGGGCUGUUCUGGAGCAGUGCAAGAUAUAUAUGCACAGGAGCCUGAGGUUUGCUAUCAGUUUGGCUACAAGGCUGCAGGUGACACUUCUGAUCCAUCCCCAGCUCUGUCUGCCCCACGAUACCUGUAUUCACUAGUGAAAAGCUCUGUGCAGUGAUAGGAUAGCAGCUGUCUGAUCUUAAUGACCUUUUGAGAAUGAGAUGAUGGAGGAAAAUGCUGUGUAUCGUGUGUUUGUCUGUUUUUGUGUUUUUUUUUCCUAGUCAGUUAUUGCCAGCAGAACUCAUCUGGAGCUUCAUGAAGUGCUCCAAAGUACCAGAGGAGAUGCAGGGCUGCCAGCUAUGCCAGCUUUGCAGCAUAGUUCUCCUUUGACACAGCAAAGGCAGUGGAAGCUAUGGGAGGAAGCAAAGAUCUCUGUGCAUAUUGCUCAUGUGGUGUUCCCUGAGCACACCUUUUUAUUCCUUUCCCACUGUGCAGACCCCAGUGACCAAUUGUUGAGUGAAGAUAAUUAGCCCUUGAUUAACACAAUUGUGCCCCUGUGACCAAAAAGGCCAGUGGUAUCCUGGAGUGCAUUAAAAAGAAUGCAGCCAGCAGGUCAAGGG